AUGGAGAACCAGAGUGUAGAUACAAAUAUCCUGCUGUUGGAGGGUCUACAGGUCACCCCUCAGUCCUCCAUUCCUGUCUUCAUCCUCCUCCUCCUCAUCUACAUCUUCAUCAUGGUGUCAAACAUCGGCCUUUUGAUCCUGAUCUCCAUGGAGACGAGCCUCCACCAGCCCAUGUACCUGCUCUUCUGUAACAUGAGUGUUAACGACGUAUUCGGGGCCACGGCCAUCAUUCCUCGCUUGCUGGGUGACAUUUUCACUCUGCCUACAGAACGACACAUUCACUACAUCGAAUGUGUCAUUCAGGCCUUUUGUGCUCAUAUUUAUGGAGGCGUCUCUCACACAGCACUCAUGAUCAUGGCCUUUGACCGGUACAUGGCCAUCUGUAAUCCCAUCGUUAUGUCCAUCCUGUUGGGCCUCUGCAUGCGCCUGUCACGCUGCAAGCGGACUAUUGCAGGCCCAUUCUGUGACAACGCCUCCUUGUUCAAGCUGUCCUGUGACAACAUCCUCAUCAACAACAUCUAUGGGCUCAGCUACACAGCUGUCCUGCUAGGCUUGUCUGCUGGUGGUGUAAUUUUCACCUACCUGAGGAUCACCAUGGUGUGUCUGAGCAGCAAGAACAAGGUGCUGAACAGUCGUGCGCUGCAGACAUGCACCACCCACCUGGCUGUCUACAUUAUUAUGUACUUUUCAUGCAUUCUCUUUAUCAUUUUCCAUCGUUUCCCUGAUUUAUCGGAACAAAGGAAGCUGGCGUCUAUUGUGUUUCAUGUGGUCCCUCCUGCUUUGAACACAGUUAUCUACGGACUACAAAUCAAAACUGUCAGACAAAAAGUUUUCUUUAUGUUUACCAGGAACACGAUGAAGAUGAUAGAGUAA